UCUGAUAGAUCACCAAAACUCAGACUCACUCUCUCUUUCAUAUUUCUCUCUCUAAGUGAUGGCUCUGAAUCCAAGAAAAGCAUCAAAUUCAAAAGCCAUGGUUGAUGCAGCAUCAUGGUUCUGUGCAUGUCUCCUCGUGACCCUCAUACUGCUGUGCAUAUUCAGUGAGAGUUCUGUUCUUGAGGAGGAUGAUGAAGGGAAGCUGAGGGGUAAACAAGUGUUGUCGAAGCCUUGUGAUGAAAUCUAUGUGGUCGGAGAAGGAGAGACACUUCACACAAUCAGUGACAAAUGUGGUGACCCCUUCAUAGUGGAAAAAAACCCUCAUAUCCAUGACCCUGAUGAUGUCUUCCCAGGCCUUGUUAUCAAGAUCACACCCUCACACAACAAUUGAAAUUUCAAUUCUUACACAUCUAUAUAUAUAUAUAUAUAUAUAUAUAUAUAUAUAUAUA